AAAAAAAAAAAAAAAAGACAUUAUUUCGUUUUUUUCUCGAGGCGAGGCGAGUCGUCAAACAGGUAAACCAGGAAGUGACGCCGAAACCAAAGCGAGACGCAACAAUGAACUCCAAAAGAAGACUGCUUAGCCCUCCAGACUGACAUGAACAUCCUGCUGCAUCGUGUUGUGGUUUUCUCACUGACAAGUUUGCCUUUGGCUGUUGUGUGUCUGGAUCCCGUUCCGGUUCAGUUCGUGAAGACGCCGGUGUUGGUGGCCUCCGGGACAGAUGCCGUCUUCACAGUGCAGACGGUGUCCGACGUGUCCCUGGUCAGGUGGACCGACGGCUCGGCGGCUACGCUGGCCAUGUGGGCGAACGGGGGCCCCGUCGUGAUGCCUGUCCCGCAGUACCAGGGCAGGAUCUCGGUCACCGCCGCUCAGCUCACAAUCACCGGCAGCCGGCUGAGCGACUCUGGAAACUACAGCGUCUCGGUGGAGCCCUCGUCCGCCACGGGGCUCGGCGUGAACACCCGUUCGGUGCAGCUCAAGGUGUUCGACGCGGUGAGCGGCGUGAGGCUGUCUCUGCCGUCUCUGCCGCUGGAAGGAGGGAACGUGUCCCUGAGUUGCAGCUGGUCCGCGGGGUCGGAGGUCAGCGUGGUUUGGGGUAAAGGGGGCGCCGCUCUGUCCCCCGACGGCCGUGUCGCCAUCAGCGCCGGAUCCGUGCUCAUCAGACAGGCCAGGAGAGACGACGCGGGGGAAUACACGUGCACCGUCAGCAACCCCGUCAGCGCGCAAACUGCCAAAGCCAACCUCAGCGUCUACUACGGUCCCGACGCCCCACAGCUGACUAAGGCCUCAAGCGAGUGUGUGGGUGGAGGAGAUGCUACGGUCGGACAGACGGUUCGUCUCACCUGUACGUCCGCCUCUCUGCCUCCUGCCUCCUUCUCAUGGAAACUAAACGACCAGCCAGUGACCGCCGGCCAAUCAGGGAGCGGCGCGCUGAGUGUGCAGAUCUUCUCCGCCAAUCAGAGCGGGCGUUACACCUGCGUCGCCCAGAAUGACGUCACGGGAGGGACGUCGCAGCAGCAGAUAGACCUGGCCGUCGUGGGUACGUGUCUGAGCGAAGGCGCCGUAGCGGGGAUCGUUGUUGCCUGUGUUGUUGCACUCAUCAUAAUUAUAGUUGUAAUUAUUUUGCUUCUGCGACAAAGAAACGUUGAUCGGCGACUGAGAGAUACUGUUGAACUUCAGAAGACAAACCAGAAUGAAGGAAUGACGAUUGCAAACAGAGCCUUUGCCAAUGGAAACCACCCUGAUCUCACAUUACACAACUCACUCCCACAAAACUUCACCGCCAUUCCCAAUAACAACAAUGGGAACAUCAACACAAUGUCACAAAACAUACCCAGCAACUCCAACCCACUCCAACAUCAUAAUGCCCAUUUGAACACUGAUGUGUUCCAGCACAACUUCAACACAGUCCCAGACAAUGGGCAUCAAAACAAUUCAUAUCCAAACAAUGACCCUCAGAGAUCGUUCCCACAGCAAGUCCAACACAAUCCCAAUAUUCUCAUACAAACGGGCAACUCUCAGCCUGGUGCGCUUGCGCCUACAGUUCACGUAAACCUCAACACCUUGCCACGUAACGAUCAGUUUAAUAAUUCACAACCUCAAACGGUGCAUGUCAACUUGAACACAUACCCUCCAGAAACAAAUCGGGUCCAGCAACAUGCAGAAAGUGCACUACAGGGUCAGCGUAUUAACAGCAACCAUCAAAAUAAUUUUCAGACUGGCUUGCUGAGCUCAGACCCGUUGAGUUUAGGAAAUCAACCACACGCUUUACUUAAUAAUGCUUCAACGAAUGGUUCUCACCAAGCCAAUGGCCUCAUUCAGACUGGAUACUCUCACCCUACCAAUCAAACUAAUGCAAACCGCAGAACUGCCAACUCAAGAUCAUCAGCAGAAGAGCGAACUCGAAGUUCAGUCCCAGUUCAGACCGACAACCAGUUCGGUGACUCCAGAACGCACGUCCAACAGAUGCCUUGGGACCGUUUGCGGGGAACGCCGGCAUAUCCCAACCCUGGAGACUAUAGUUCAGACAGCAGCGGAUCUUCAGAUUGGCCACGGAGGGAUCGUCCUGCUCAGAGAUCCCGGGAAACCGAACCUUCGGGAAGGUUUGCCCAAGCUGCUCCUUCGCCCCAAACAAGAGACCUCCAGAGACCAACUGUGCUCAAUCACUCUCAAAUGCACUCAAAUGUGCAGAGACAGUCAAUCCAACAGAACCUAAGCACACAACCACAAGUCCAGUCUCAAAUGCAGACUGCAUUACCUCACACCCAAACCGCUCAGGGGCAAAAUCCAAUCCCCAUUGGUCUACCAUGGGGAACAGCCAUACCUCAAAUGCAAACUGGCACCAGGCCAAAUCAAACCCUGCCUCAGCCAUCCGUUCCUCUCACUGAGGCUGCACUACGCCAUCAUACCACCCAAACCGAUAACCCAUUCGCCAACCGGGUCCAGCAGACUCAAGCUGCCUUGCAGAACCCUGGACCUUCUCAGCUCGUCCAGCAGCCCAACAAAGUGGGCCAGAGGCCUCCUACUCCACCUCCUGUGCUGGGGCCGGACGACUUCCAGAAACUUCGGCGUGAACACAUGCCGCAGCCGCAAACCAUCCAGCCUGUGGUCGUGCAACGUAGACACAGAUCUCCACAUGCGCACAGGCAGACUCGAGUGUUGCAUACGAGCCCUCAGCGAAUGCCAGGAGUGCAUCCCAUGCAUGCCACCAUGCAUGCACACCCAACACAUAUGCGACAGGUCCGCAGAGGCAGACCCAGACGUUGAGGAGAAAGAAAAAAAACCAUGCAGCGCUCGUCUGGCUCGGCACCAGCAAAAAAAAACCCCCCAAACUUUCGCACGAAGCACAAUGCCUCUCUGGUGAAAGAAACAAACGCUCAGCCGUUCCUUCGGCCCUCGGCUUGUUGUGGCGUGCAGAUCUUUCUGCGUUUGUCGGAGAGACGGAGUUAUUGAUAAAGACUGAUCUUUUUGUUUCUCCCGCGGCCGUCGAACGGGACACGGUGUGAAUUUCGUCCGUCCGAACAAUGCUGCUCUGGGAGUUUUCUUGCGCUCAAGUGUCUGAAAAUAAAACACAAUGCGGUGUUUUUCCACAGACAGGAAGACUUGAACGCAAUCCAAAUGAAUUAGGACGGCUGGCAGAGCUGAACUGCUAAAUGAUAAAUAAUGGACCGCCGCUGUUUGUCCUCUCGCAACUAUUUAUUCAGCUUUCUGCUCACAGAUGCUUCUUGUAGCGCCGCUCAAUUAGUGUGAUCCGCUACGGUGCUUUUGCGGAUGGAUUGCGCAUUUGAGUAUGAAGGAGACCCACCUAACGGACGCGUAAUUAAUUAAGCUCUUUAAUUUUUAUGUUAAUGAUGUGGAAAAUGCUAAUGAGUUUAAGCAAAACGGGCUGCUGACAGGCCUAGCAAAAAAUGCGACGAAAAGCAAAUGUUUGGUCAGAUGGUCGGCGUCAUGUACUUUGAGGUUUUUGCUAAUAAAAUUCUUGCCAGUU